AGACUUAAGCACCACCAUCUUUUUGUUUUGGAAUAAUGGAGUGGGUAAUAAUUAUUUGAUUUUUCUUAGUUGGAGGCAACCAAAGGAAUACCACACCCAGCAAAAACAUGUUCAAUGGCAUGGUCAAGACAAUACGCGAUAGCAUUGUAGGUACCUAUCCUUCCUGUCAUGUGACUUCGCGUCUGGAGGAGCGACGAGCCAAACAAAGAGCUCUGCGAGCAGAGAGACGACGAAAGCCGGACAAGCCCGAUGAUUUUGUGACCUACGAAGAUUCUGGGAGCGAUGAAGAGACGCCCCAGCAGCAGGAGGAGGUCUUAAAUACAUCGUUCAAUCUGUGCGACUAUCUAAGAAGCAGGGAGAGUGGCCUAAGAGACCGUCGCACAGUAAAUGUGGAGUACACCAGCCGUUAUGUGCUGACCCAUGAUAUGCUAAGAGAAACCCAAAUUAAUUUGGGCUACAUUAACAAAGUCUUCUGUUCGAAAUGGCUAAGCAAUCGUCAGGUUGUGUUUGGCACUAAAUGUAACAAACUUCUUGUUUACGAUGUAAAUAUGCGUCGUGUGGAUGCCAUUCCUACCCUGUCCAAUAGUCGUGCCAAUCAUCCCGAGGUUCAAGGUGGACUCCAUGCCAUUGAACUAUCUCCGAGUCGUUCAUUUCUAGCCACUGGUGCAAGGAAUUCCUCCGAUAUUGCUGUUUAUCGAUUGCCUACCCUAGAUCCCGUUUGCGUUGGCGAAAGUGGACAUCGUGACCUAAUUAUGGGCAUGUGUUGGUUAGAUGAUCAAUUUCUGGUCUCAGGUUCUAAGGACAAUCGUAUGGCUCUGUGGCGUAUCAAUGAGGAUCACAUGGAGUUUCCUGAUGGCGGCGAAGAGGCAUGUCCAACCUUUGCCACCAUUCACCCCUUGAGUGUAAAGGAAGUGAGGACGGCGCAGAGGAUUCGUUCGUUGUGCUUUAAUAAAGAAUUUAAGGAGAUAGCUGCCUUAUCGCUAAACGGGUACAUUCACAUCUUCAACGCCGAGACCUUUAAACAGACGCUGUCGCGCAAACUACCCAACUGCCAAGACAAUGUUAGCAUUGCCUAUCAUAGUGAUGGUCUCUAUGCUGUAGGCUGUCGCUCCUAUACAAUCCUACUGGAUGCACGUACCCUGCAGACCAUUAAGAAGAUUACCUCCCGUUACAGUGGCUGCGGCAUAAGGGCCACUUCAUUUGAGGGAAAUCUGCUGACAGUGGGCACAGGUUUAGGAAUGCUGCUCUUCUAUGAUAUACGCGCUGGUAAAUAUCUAGAGAGUAGUGUGAAUGCCUCACGCACGGUGGCACUUAAAUGCAGCAAAGGAAUUGUGUAUCCUGAAGAUGAAAUGGAUGGCUUCCAACAAGUGAGAUAUGUGCCCGCCAUCUACACACAUUGCUAUGAUAGCACCAGAAUGCGACUUUUUGCCGCUGGCGGGCCUUUACCUGCCACCUUGGUGGGAAACUAUGCGGGCGUUUGGCAAUAGACGACACAACUUUCCAAUCGGAAUCAAUUCAACUGAUUAGUAUUUAGAUCAAGAUUUUUGUGGACUUUUCCCCCUUAUUCUGUGUGUGGGUUUUUUGCGAUAUAUGCAUAAAUUGUGAUUUUUAUUUCGAAAAAACGAAGGGGGCGAAAAUGAAAAUAACCUAAGAUUCAUAAAUUUGUAGACUACUUACUGGGUUAAUUUUAUAAAUAAUUUUUGCUUUUUAUUUAGUUGUUUAAAUUAUGUAUUUUACAAUAUACAAAUAUUUUUUAGUAAAUUACAAGAUCCUAUUUAUACAGAUUAUAAUAUAUACCUAUAUAUAUAUAUAUAUAUAUAUAUAUAUAUUACACAUUAAUGGAAAA